UUUCCAGUGAGGAUUUUAAUGCCCUUUAUUUCCUCUAGCUUCGCCUCAAAGGCUUUCACAGCAUUGAAUAAAACUAUCUUCUACUUUCGAACAUAGGCAUCGUUGAAUUGAAAAUCAUGGAAUUGCUUUCAAGCUGGUGUUAUGAUGGUUCCUUACCAGAAAGCUACGUGAUGCCACCAGAGAGAAGACCUGGAAAGCUCAUUGUUCCCCUAGGAAAAUCAGUUCCAGUGGUUGAUCUUGAGCUGCAUGAUCGAAACGAGACAAUUCAGCAAAUUCUGAAAGCUGGUGAAGAGUACGGAUUUUUCCAGGUAAUCAACCAUGGAGUUUCUGAGGAUUUAAUGGAUAAAGCCAUGAACGUUGCAGAGGAAUUCCAUGCAAUGCCUGCGGUGGACAAGGAAAGGGAAUGCUCCAAGGACCCAAGUGGAGGCUGCAAGCUGUACACAAGCAGCUAUGCUUAUCCCAAGGAGGAUUUUCACUAUUGGAGGGACGCUGUGACGCACCCGUGCCUUUCUUUAGAAGAAUGCAUUCAAUUUUGGCCUGAAAAGCCUACUAGAUACAGGGAGGUGGUUGGGGAGUAUUCGGUUGAAUUAAGGAAGCUGAGUUGUAGAAUUCUGGAGUUGAUCUGUGAAGGGCUAGGACUUAGCGCUGGAUAUUUCAGCAGCGACCUCAUUCAAGUUCCAAAAAUCAUAAUUAACCACUACCCUCCGUGCCCUGAGCCAAGUUUGACGCUGGGAUUAUCUAAACACCGUGACCCUUCUAUCAUUACCAUUCUUCUCCAAGGCCACAUACAUGGGCUUCAAGUCUUCAAGGAUGGCCAUUGGAUUGGCGUUGAACCUCUUCCUCAUGCCUUUGUCGUUAAUGUAGGCUUUCUGUUACAGAUUAUAAGCAAUGGGAAACUCAAAGGAGCAGAACAUCGAGUGGUGACCAAUUCAAGCGAUGCUAGGACAACUAUUUCCUACCUCGUUUACCCUUCUGAUCAAACCCUCGUAGAACCAGCAAAAGCUUUGGUCAAUGCAUGCAAUCCUGCACUGUACAAGGCCUUCAAAUUUUUUGAUUUCGUUACAGCCUUCUUACUCAAGCCUGACAAUACUGGUGAAGCUGUAAAGGAGCUUAUAAGCGCUCCCCACAAUCGUAACUGCUAGUCAACUAGCAGCUGGUUCAUGUCAUAUAUAUGCAUUUUGUGUACAGUUUUGCUUUGUUUUUCUUUUCCAACCAAGCAUCUUUGUGUGAAGUCAUAUGGAACUACGUUAUAAACAUAUAGCAACAAAAGCAUAUUGUUACAAGGCUAUUAUAAACCACUAAUCAGGUUUGCUUGGACAAAUAUUAGUAGUUGUGGGCAGUUUUAUCCAUUUGGAAGUUUAAUAAAUCUUAUAGACCACUAUAA